AUGUUCCCUCGCACUCUCCCACAUCUAGUACAAAAUGCCCGUCCUCUUUCCCGGCCAAUACUGCCUAACAUUCUACGGUCCACAUCUUCCACUGCCCAUCUCAUACGACGGCAAAGCACAUUAGAGAAUAUCCUCGCACCACCGCUCGCCGCCCUCUCCGUCGCGCAAAUCACGUCCUCCGGUGUGGAGCUCUCAGACGGGCUCGUCCUCAGAGGCCCCGCGAUCCUCCUAAACGGCCGAGCGUUCCUGUGGGACCCUCCUCCUGCAGGAGGGAGCUGGAAAGGUUGGGGUAAGGAGACGUGGGGCUUGUUGGAGGUUGUCGUACCUCGACCUGAGAUCCUGCUGUUUGGGACUGGGAGGAGUCUGAUCCUCCCGCCUCCGAGCGUGCGGACGUACCUGAACGAAAUGGGCAUACAAGUAGAUUUCAUGGAUACAAGGAAUGCGUGUUCGACGUAUAACCUCUUACUUGAGGAGGGGAGGAGAGUCGCUGCUGCAUUGCUUCCCUUGAACAAGCACGUCCCGUGGUUGACGAUCCCGAGAGAUGAAGCAUAA